UAACCAGUCGGAAAAGCAGAUGAAGCCUCAUCGUCCGCCGCGUGUAUCUCAUCCGUCGUCAUUACAAAAUAUCUGAGCCCCCCUUCCAGGUUCCAACCCUCCGAGGACACGCGUCCCUCCGCCGGCUUGCCGGCAUCUCCUUUCUAAUAUAUGUAUUGCUUCUUCCUGCCCUGCUUCAACCGACACCGAAUAAGAAAGGUGACUCUCCUCCUCAUGACUCAUUACACUUUUUCUGACCGCCGGUUCCUGAGCUUUCCGGCGAUCAAUCCGUGCUCCGCCGUCUCCCCCGCCGCACUCCUCGCCGACCUCUCAACCCUUGCCGCCGACAUCGAUGUCAUUGGUCGCCGCCAAACCGGCAACUUCGGCACUCACCGCCGCGCCGCGCGCGAGGCUUUCCGGUACGCCACCAUCAUCGUCGCCUUCCUUGACGAUCUCCGUCCCUUUUCCACGGCGCUUACUCGCUCGGCCGUGCUCGGCCUCUCCGAUCUUCACGUUACUCUUCAGAAGCUUCGUCUUCUCCUCGCCGACUGUGCUCGCGGUGGCGCCCGCCUUUGGAUCCUCCUUAACGCCAGUCGUAUCGCAGGCGAGUUCCGCGUUCUUCUCCGCUCCGUCUCCAUCGCCCUCGAAUUCAUACCGCUCGACUCCGUGGACCUUUCGGCUGAAAUCAAAGACCUCGUGCGCCUCCUCGCCGGCCAAGCAAGGCGCGUCGAGGUUGGCGUCGAGCGGGUAGAUGAGCUCGCUGGUAGGUCGGUGCGCUCAAUGCUCAAGCAAUUCCAAUCCGGCGAGUCUCCUGACCCCAACGAUCUUCGACGAGUUUUAAACCACCUAAAAAUCACAUCUUGGAUCGAUUGCUUCGCGGAAGUUGCGUUCUUGGAAGAAGAAAUCUUCGCGGAGGAAAGGAACGGGGAAGCGACACUCCUCUGGAGCUCGAUGGGGCUUAUGGUAUACUCUCUGGUUGUGCUCUUCGACAAAACGGCGAACGACAAGAGCAGGAAGAUAGAGGAGUGUUUCCGUCGGCAAGAAUCAAGUGUCACCGUCGAGAAACUGAAUGCCGACGACCUCCGUUGCCCGAUUUCUCUUGAACUGAUGAAAGAUCCGGUGACGGUCUCCACGGGCCAGACUUACGACAGGUCUUCUAUUCUCCGGUGGCUGAAGUCCGGGAACCAGACUUGCCCUGUAACCGGCGAGGUGCUCGCAAAUGCCGACCUCAUCCCCAAUUUCAUCAUUCGACAGCUGAUCAGCCUUUACUGCCAUGAAAAUGGCAUUCUGACUGCUCAUCAAGGUAAGGCGCGGAAGAGGGAUUUAUCAAAGACACUCUCCCCUGCUUCUCCGGCGGCGGUUGGAGCCAUUAGGAUGGCCACCACUGUCCUUGCCGGCAAAUUAGCCACCGGAGAGUCGGAGAAGAAGAACAUGGCUUCUUACGAGAUAAGAAUCCUCUCAAAAUCCAACAUUUUUAACAGAAUCUGCUUGGUCGAGGCUGGCGCGGUCAAGUGGUUACUCUCUGUUCUGUCUUCAUCAUCGGAUCCUACACUGCAAGACAACGCUAUUGCAGCUCUGCUCAAUCUCUCGAAGCACCACAGUGGCCGAACCGAUAUCUUCGAGGCCGGGGGUCUCCCUCCGGUCGUCCAAGUCAUGAGAUUUGGGCACAAGGUCGAAUCCCAGAAGAACGCUGCCGCCGUUCUCUUCUACCUCUCUGCAAUGGAGGCGUGCAGGGAAGCCAUCGGAGAAAUACCCGAAGCCAUUCCCUCGCUUGUGCAGUUGCUCAAAAAUGGAACUUACAGAGCAAAGAAGAAUGCAAUCGUCACCAUAUAUAGCCUGCUCUUGUUUUCAGGCAACCAAGCCAAGAUUUUGGCGGCGGAUACAGUGGCCGUGAUCGCUGAGCUUCUCGAAUCAGAGGAAGAUGAAGAAGAUCUUGUGACCGACUGCGUCGGUGUUCUUGCUAAGAUUGCAGAAAGACCCGAUGGCACCAACGAGAUUAUCAAGUCUUGUGUUUUGAGUCAUCUCGUCCAUGUGUUGCGGAGCUCGAGCUCUUCCUCAGGAAGGGAGUACUGCGUCUCCGCAUUGCUCUCGAUAUGCAAAAAUGGCGGAGAUAAAGCGAUGAGCUUGUUGGAGAAGAUGCCAUUGCUCAUGCCAUCGCUGUACUCUUUACUCUCCGAUGGUUCCCGACAAGCCAGUAAGAAGGCAAGGUCGCUGCUGAACUACAUACAUCAAUUCAAUGACCAGCGAUACUCUCCAGUAUUAGCGUUCCAUGAUCCUAUCGUCCAUGCUCUAUGACCAAAGCUUCCUCUGUGUUUGAUGUAAAGUAUAUACCGAAGUAGUUCUAUUCUUUUAUUCAUAUUAGGCUGUAAGUAGUUUUGUAUACAUACUGUCAUCAGUUUUAGCAGAUGUUCGUAUGUGAUCUCAGCUUAGUUUUUUGUAAGAGCUGUGAUCUUGAGUGAGAUCGGUACUGUAUAUAUAGAUAGUAUAGUGGAUUCAAUUACUGUUGCAAAGGAUUAUUGGUGUUGA